AUGAGUAAGCAAUCGCAAUCGCAAUCGCAAUCGCAAUCGCAAUCACCACCUUUCCCAAAUAAUUACCAAUUGAAAAAAGUUGCCGAUACAGAUUCAAAACCUUGUUUAAUAUGUUACAAACCGUCGAAUCAAGUAUUAAUAACGGAAAAUAAAGCAGAUUUUUUUUAUAUUUGUUACUCCCAUUUAUCAGAUAAUGCUUUUGCUAUUUCGAUAAAGACAGAAGAAUACAAUGAUUUGGAAAAUAAAAUUGAACUCUUAAAUAAAAGAAAAUUACAAAUGGAACAAAAAGUAAACGAUGAAAAACCUUAUAUUUGGAAUAAAAUGACAACUUAUUGGAAUAAAGAAAAAGAUAGUAGUGAUGAAAAUAAGAGUGACGAGACUUCAAGCUAUCAUAAAUCAAAAGAAGAGUUGGGUAAAUUGAAGCAAGAGCUUAAUGAAAUGACUGAACAAUUUAAAACUUUCAAGUUCAAAAAUUACAGAUUACAUCAGGAAAUCUAUAAAAAUCGAUUAAUUUUAAAUCAAAAGAAGAAAUUCAACAAAGAACGAUCGGAACAGAUUCAAAAAAAUGGGUUUUUUCCAUCUGCUCCGACACAUCAAAUCUCGUAA